AGGGACUACUGUAGGUAGAGAAAUGUAAACUUGCUGUACAUGCAGGAAACUUCCUCAUCAUCCGAUACCGCGGCAUUUAAUCAGAGGUAAGAUACACAAAUGAAAAAAUGCCACUUUUUGGGAAAAUUGUUGUUAUCAAGAGAAAUGGGACUGAUGGAACUCAUUUUCCACUCACUGCAAACUCUUGUUUGUUUGGAAGGAAAAAAGAAUGUGAUAUUCGAAUCCAGAUGCCUCAGGUUUCUAAAGAACAUUGUAAAAUUGAGAUCAAUGAAAAUAAGGAGGCAGUGCUGUUUAACUUGAGUUCUACGAAUCCAACACAGCUAAAUGGGAAUCAAUUUCAGGAUCCCAAACACUUAAAUCAUGGGGAUGUACUAACAAUUAUUGAUCGUUCUUUCAGGUUUGAAUAUCCACCUCAUCCACUUCCUCAGAAGAGACUUUCUAGAUCUCAAGAGAAGGAAACAUUACAGAUUCUUCAUGUUCAGCAUAUGCAACAGGUGGAGUUGCUGCAUCCUCAAAACUCAGAUUAUAAAAGCUCUCCAAUUACUGGCAAGAAGCUUGAAAUUCAUCCUCUUAGCAGCAAUGAGAAAAGAACUCAAGAACAAUACAGUACACCUGAAUUUAAGUAUAAAAUGCACAACACUGAAGAAACAAAUGAAAUGUCUCCUUUUAGCAAACUUUAUGAAUUAAUGAAACAUGAAGGUGGUACAGACAAUAUAAAGGAAGAUACUGGUAAUGAGACCUUGCUGGAAGAUGUAUUACAUUCAACAUCUAGGAGGUCCUCAGUGAGUCAAGCAAAGCUGACUAAAGGUGAACAUUCUGAAGAUAGCAAAAUUCAAGAAAAGGGUGGUAUAAUAGCAAAUCCAGUGCCAAUACUCUUUGAAGAGAAGAACUCUGAAAAAUCAUCAAGUAUUCAAAGCUGUGGUAUGAAACAGAAACAAGAGUGUGACGGUACAAAUCAGUCAGAUGUCAAGGACAUAGAAUAUAAUGAAGUGGGGAAAAGCCAAAUAAUCAAAAGUGCUAGUAACUAUGCAUGUUUUAAAACAAAUCGGCAGAAUGCACAGCAUUUCCCUGAAUCAUGUUGUAUAGUGUCAUUGGACUAUACAGAAAAGGCUAGAUGCCUUAACAAGAUUAAUUUAACAGAUGCUUUCACAUCUGUAGAAAAUAUUUUGCCCAAACCAAAGUCUAGCAGAGAUUGUACUCAAAGUUAUUCCAGUCCAUGUUCUAAAAACUCUCGAAGAUCUUCAAAGUCCAGAAGGUCAUGGGUUGAAAUGGAUUCACUGAACAGAACAAAGAGCUCUGGAGAAAUGGAAGAGCAUUCUGUACAAAUUAGUACAGAGCAACCUGAAUCUGAUGUUUUGAUUGAAAAUGUAUAUUCUAAAACAAAUGAAAAUAGGGAACUGGUCACAGAAACAACACAAAAUCUGAAAGAUUCAGAAGAUGGAAAUUCUAGUACUGUUUUCAGUUCACUUCAUUUUAAUACUAGUAAAAACUGCAAUAGCAGUAUUGAACUAAAUAAAAAUGUUUCAAAAGAAUAUUCUUGUGUAGAGGCAAUAGGUACAGACAAAUCAGUAAUAAUCCCUGCAGAUCCUUCCCAAACUAGUGGAAUAAUGGCAAAUCAGAUACCUGAAAAAAACCUGGGAACAGGCUGUCCUACAAAUGAGAAUAAAAUAAAAAUAUCAAUAGAAGGCCAUGAGCAGAAUGUUAAUAUGAAAAAUAACAUACCUGCUUUUUCCAGUUCUUAUGAAAGUAAUGUCCGAAUAUCAGCUAAGGAUGAUGCUGUUUUUGAAAUGAAUUUGUCAUCUCCACUUAAAGUAAUCAAAAAGUCAGAGGCUAAGAAAUCUCAAAAGCGUAAAGGUACAGAACUAGAUUUACUAGUCCAACCAUUUGGAAAGAGGAAGAGAGUUUCUUUUGGUGGCCAACUGAGUCCUGAACUCUUUGAUAAGCGUUUACCUCCAAACUCGCCACUUAAAAAGGGGGCCAUUCCAGCAAGACUAAGCAUGCCGUUUGGAAACUCACCUCGAGCAGUUCUGAAAAAGACUUCAGAAUUAAGGCAGGCUCUAAUAAAGGGUUCCUCUGAGAGGAAGCAACAGGAAAAUACUGUGCCAAAGCAGGCUGCCUCACAUAGUGUGCUGCAAAGACAAGAAUGCUUCUUUGUUCCUCAUGUUGCAAGCCAAUCUUCCAAGGAUGAAAAAGCCACUGCACAAGAAAUGCAUGUGAAUAGGUUAUCCACUGAAGUUAAAAAAACAGAAUGUGACGAACCAGAAUCUAAAGCCCUUCCGUCAUUGAGGAGGAGCAAACCAAAUACGCCAAGGAGAAGUUCUAUGCUUGGAAAAGGUGGAGCUAUGGAUGAAGAAGUUACUGCACAAGAGAUGCAUGUGAAUAGCUUAUUCACUGAAGUUAAAAAAACAGAAUGUGACGAACCAGAAUCUAAAGCUGCUUCAUCAUUGAGAAGGAGCAAUCCAAAUACUCCAAGGAGAAGUUCUAUACUUGGGAAAGGUGGAGCUAUGGAUGAAGAAGUCACUGCACAAGAGAUGCAUGUGAAUAGCUUAUUCACUGAAGUUAAAAAAACAGAAUGUGACGAACCAAAAUCUAAAGCUGCUUCAUCAUUGAGAAGGAGCAAUCCAAAUACUCCAAGGAGAAGUUCUGUACUUGGAAAAAGUGGAGCUAUGGAUGCUAUUCGAUCUAAAAUACGAAGUGGUGCUUCUAAAGCCAACCUAAUAGUUGCAAAGUCUUGGGCAGAAGUAGUGAAACAAGGUGUCCCAAAACUACAACUGAAGUCUGCUUCAAAACAGGGCUUUAAAAGAUCAGCAAAGAAGAUGCCUUCAAAAUCAUCAAAGAAUACCAAUUUAUUAAAAACACCAGAAAGAAAAAUCAGCGGUCACUUUACAACAGGCCAUGCAAAUUCUCCUGCUCCAGUUGUGAUUGGAAAAGCUCAUACUGGAAUUGUGAAUAUAACUGCACAAAUUCCUAAAGUGGUGAUCAAUUAUCCUUUGAAACAGCAUUAUGACUUCAGUGAAAGUUUUACAGGGUUGGCUGAAAUGUUCCACACUCCACCAACUGGAAAAGAGAAAAGUUUUGUACCAGAAACUCUGACAUCAAAACCAGAAAUUAUGUCAGAAAUGAAUGCAUCAGAAGAUUAUGAAAAAAAGUCUGUUUUGGAUUUCAACAUUUCAAGCCAAAAAACACAUUACAAUCAAGAUGUAACAUCCCCAGUUUUGGAAGAAGUUUCACAAAUAUCCAUUCCUGACCAGGGUAAUUUAAAGAUGACUAAUGGAGAAACAAGUAUUAAAAAAUAUAUUGAAGAAGAGAAUUUAUUGGUGUCACUAAAUGAAAGAAAUAUAAUGGGAAUAGAAGAAGAAAACCUACAACAAGAAUCAGAGCCAGUCAAAUUGCUUUUGGGAGUCAAGAGACUCUUGAAGACACCUGAGCAAAACUUGGAAUCCGUGGAGGCAUUUUCAGGGGUCAAGACACUCUUGAGGACAUCUGAGAAAAAAUCUGGACCUGUUGAGGUGAUUUCAGGGGUCAAGAGGCUCUUGAGGACACCUAAGCAAAAAUCAGAGCCAGUUGAGGCACUUUCAGGGGUCAAGAGGCUCUUGAGAACACCUAAGCAAAAAUCAGAGCCGGUGGAAGCACUUUCAGGAGUCAAGAGGCUCUUGAAGACACCCAAGCAAAAAUCUGAACCUGUUGAGGCACUUUCAGGAGUCAAGAGGCUCUUGAGGACACCUAAGCAAAAAUCAGAGCCAGUUGAAGCACUUUCAGGAGUCAAGAGGCUCUUGAAGACACCCAAGCAAAAAUCUGAACCUGUUGAGGCACUUUCAGGAGUCAAGAGGCUCUUGAGGACACCUAAGCAAAAAUCAGAGCCAGUUGAAGCACUUUCAGGAGUCAAGAGGCUCUUGAAGACACCCAAGCAAAAAUCUGAACCUGUUGAGGCGCUUUCAGGGGUCAAGAGGCUCUUGAGGACACCUAAGCAAAAAUCAGAGCCAGUUGAAGCACUUUCAGGAGUCAAGAGGCUCUUGAAGACACCCAAGCAAAAAUCUGAACCUGUUGAGGCGCUUUCAGGGGUCAAGAGGCUCUUGAGGACACCUAAGCAAAAAUCAGAGCCAGUUGAAGCACUUUCAGGAGUCAAGAGGCUCUUGAAGACACCCAAGCAAAAAUCUGAACCUGUUGAGGCGCUUUCAGGGGUCAAGAGGCUCUUGAGGACACCUAAGCAAAAAUCAGAGCCGGUCGAAGCACUUUCAGGGGUCAAGAGGCUCUUGAGGACACCUAAGCAAAAAUCAGAGCCGGUUGAAGCACUUUCAGGAGUCAAGAGGCUCUUGAGAACACCUAAGCAAAAAUAUGAACCUGUUGAGGCGCUUUCGGGAGUCAAGAGAAUCUUGAAGACACCCAAGCAAAAAUCAGAACCCGUGGAGGUGCUUUCAGGAAUCAAGACCAUCUUGAAGACACCCAAACAGAACAUGGAUGUAGAUGAUGUCUAUACUAAAUCUGUGGUAUCUACUGAAGAAGUAUUAGCAAACAUGGUUGGAAGUGUUACUAAAAAGAAAACAAAGCAGAGAAUGCAUCCUAUGGAAGAUACCAAUAUUAAUAACAUUACUGAAGAAUUUAAGGAAACUGUGAAGCCUAUAGAAGAUGGAGAAAGUAUUCAGUUGAUGACACAAAAGCAAAGAUUUGAACACAUAAACAAUGUGGUUGGCAUUUGUCAGAGAUUGAAAACAUCAAAACCAAAAUCUAUGCCAACUGAUGACUACUUGGAAUUGCAGAAGUUUAUGACUGAAUCUAAAGAAAGCUCCAUAAGUCCUGCAAUAGAUUAUACAGGUGUCAAAGAAAUGUUGGACACUGAAAAUGAGCAUAAUGCUGAAUUACCAGAAUCUGUGAAUCUUAUGGAAGAAAAUGGAUCUUAUAUCACUUCCAGAAAUCAACUAGAGUCUGUGGAAAAUGUGUCUGGAAGUUGCAAAGUGAAGCUGGAAGUUACAUUUGAAAGAGAAUCUCAUUUUCCAGUAACAAAAAAUAACAGUAGUAGUGUUCCGAAACAUGUAGGUCAUGUUGCAUGUAAUUCAUUUAAUGAAUUAAAAACAGAGUUCAACGAAGAAACAACUAGAGCAGUAUAUCUCUCUGAAAGCUAUAAGCCAGAUGGAAUGAGUUCCAAAAAUGAAGCCAAAACUGAUUUUGUGAAGGAAGCAGCUGCAAAUCCUGAUGCAUUAGAUACAGAAAAGCUUGAAUCACUUCCUUUGGUUAGAACUAGGAGAAGGAAAAUAAAUGACCGCAGUUGUGCAAUAUAUACAAAGAAGAUUCAGAGGCCUACAAAGAAUACCCGUAGACCAAGAUCAGCUAACUGUGAACAAACCAGUGAGAGUUUUGACAACCAAACAGAACUAAAUCCAAUGGACAAAUCUGAAAGCAAUUUUACAACAACUGAAACCAAGACCAAACAGUCUCAAAGAGGAAGACCAAAGAAGCUGCCUGUUAAAACAAAUGGGAAUAUAGGACCUGGUAACAUAAGCCAUACUCAGCAAUUACAAAAACCUUCAAAGGAAACAACAGUGGAAGAACAGUCUGUAAACAGGAAAAAAGUGGCAACUAAAAGAAAUGGAAAAAUUGAAGCAAAUAUGGAUUUGGAAGAAAAUGGACCAACCCCAGAAAAUGAAGGUGAUUUAACUGCCAAGAUAUGGCUAAGGUCUAGAAAUGUAAAAAAGAGUGCAAGUGACCUGAAUACAAAGUUUGACGAAGGUAAAACUAAUAAUGCAUUGUCAGGGGAAGAAAGUAUUAAAAGAAAUAGGAGAGGAAAGAACGCUGUAAUACAAUCAAACCCAGAAACAUUAAUCACAACUUUUAAUGAACAUAAGCAAGGAAGAAAAAAAUAUACAGUAUCCAAAAUAAUUAAAACGGAAACUUCAGCAAAUAAUCUAACAGUAACGAAAGAAAAUUUAGUGAGGAAGGGGAAGGGGAAAAAUGUUCAUUUUCUACUUAAAAGUGACUUUAAGGUUUCUGAAGAAAAAUGUGUACUUAGAUAUGAGGAUAAUGCUCCUGAAGAAGAAGAAAGUGCAUUUCUUGAAAGCUCUGUUUCUCCAAAAGAGAAUACAUCACAAAGUUGCAAAAGAAAAGCUGUUCCUGUUGAAACACAACUAAUUUGUAUGUCUUAUUUUAAAGAGAAACGCACAUUAGAGAACUGCAGAGACAGCCAUAAACAAGAUAUACAUGUGUCUUUUAAAAAUGUAACUCCCGAAACAAAUCUGCCUGCAUUUAACUCUAGUUUUGUCCAAGAGAAAUCCAUGCUGGAAAUUCAAACUGAAAGCAUUUCUACUGAAAUUCCAAAGGUUCCCUUGGAAAGCAUGCAAACUCCAGCAGAGCACAAUCCAGUCAGAAGAGAAAAGCUAGCAAAAAAGUAUCUGCCCAGCAGAGGUAGAGGCAAAAAAACCAUUUCCAGCCCCUCUAUAGAAAGUGACAGUAAAUCAGCCUUUGAUGUGAAAGAGGAAAAUCAGCCAAAAAGGGGCAGAGGGAGAAAAAUGGUUCAAAUGCUCCCCAAACCUAUUCCUUUGGAAAAUACUGCUUUUGGAGAAGAGGAUUCAACAAUAAACAGCUUCCCGUCUGCCCAGGGAGGAUAUUCUUUGCCACAAAUUCAAGAUGAGACUGUAAAGGAAGCUGAAGAGAAGCCAUUAGAAAAUGUGCAAAUUCUUGAAAAGUAUAUUCCACCAAAAAGGGUAGUAAAAGAAAAUCCACCCAGGAGAGGCAGAAGCAAGCAAGUUAAUAAAAUUUCCAGUAAUGAGGCAGCUGAUGUCCAGGACCCAAAUAUGGUUAUCAACCAAGAGGAUAAUCAGUCCAGAAGAGGAAGAAGGAAAAGGAGUGCUCCAGAAUCCUCUUCACUGAAGAGCCAAAGGACAGUGAAAGAAAAUCCACCCAGGCAAGGCAGGCACAAACAAACUAUGUCUGGUGAAAUAUCUGCACAUUGUGACAGUACAGAGAUAACUGCUAUAAAAGACCAAAAUAUAGUUGGCAAAAAUGCUUGUCCUGCAAAAGAGAAUCAAUCAAAAAUGAGUGGAAGAAGAAAAAUCACUCUUGUGUUUCAGAAAACCCUUUCUCCUGUCAAAAAUGACACUUUUCAUUUGCUAUCACCAAACAAAGGGAAACAUUCAGAUGAACAGCCUACUGAAGGUUUGAAAACUGCAAAUAAUGCAAAUGAGAAUUUAUCACAUAAAUGUAGAAGAAGAAAAGCAGAUGAUGAAAUUUCAGCAAGCUCAGUUUCUUCCUGUAAAAUUGCUAAAUUGAUUGAUAAUGACAUUCAAGAAAACAGAACAAAAGAUUUAGAACAUGUAGCAAAACAGAAUAUAUCCAGAAGAAGUAAAAGAAAACAAUUAACACCUUACGGAACUGCAACAGAAAGGAUUGAUGAACUAAGAAUUAACAGUAAAAAGACUGAACCAGUAACAGAUAAAGUGGAUCCUUUAGAAAAUAGUUUUGAAAAAAAGCACCAGUCAAAGAAGCAAAGAGAAGAAACUACUAUUGCAUCACUAGUUUCUCCCUCUCUGAAAGUGAGCAUCACUUUGUCACCAUUAUCUUCUGCAGAUGAAAAUCAAAGUGGAAAUCGCAAAGAUUCCAUUGAAAAAGGGAAAUUAGCAAAACAUUCUGGUACAUAUAAUAUAAUGACACGUUCUGUCAGAGGAAAAGGCAUGGUUCAAAAAGAAGAGUUUUUUCAUGAAAAGGAAAACAAAGAUUACAAACAGAAAACAGCAAUGGCAAGCGAGAACAAUCAAAGAAGAGGUAGAAGAAAAAUUAAACUUGAGGCUGCUGUUUCUCCUUCACUUAAAGAAAAAUGCAUAUUGCCUACAGGCAGUGAUAUUGUUCCUAAUGACCAAAUUAUGAUUCUAAAUAACGUUUCUAAUAAAAAAGUUUCUUUAAUGGGCAAGGGACAGAACAUUCUUAAAAUGAAAACCAUGACCCAAAACACCAAUCAAGGUAAUUCAUCUAAUUAUGACCAAAAUAAAAAUGUGGAGCACUCAAAUAUGCUGGUGCAAAAGAGUUCAUCAAAACGGGGCAAAAGAAAAAUUAACAGCAAUUCAGAAACAAAUGUCUCUCCUGACACAAUGAAAAAUGUAUUUCCAGAAAAUAAAUCAACAAUAUCUAAAGCAGAAAACACUGGAAGUGUAACGGUGCAAACAAGAGGAAAAAAGAAAAUGAAAGAAGAGAAUACCACCCUGGUGACCAAACUGCCUGGAGAAACAGAAGGCAGGACAAGAGCAAGCAAAAGAAUAAGAAAAUAGAUUUGUCUGAAACUGAAGUUAACAAAGUAUGCUUCAACAUUCACUUCCACUUAACCCUUGGCAUUGAUAAUUUCUGAUGCAAAUAUUCUGUAAAUACCAUUUCAAGUUAUUUUACUUUGAAAUUGUUUAAAAUAUUAAAGGAUUAGGAAUUUAAAUUUUAACUGCUCUGAUUUGUAUUCAAUAAAUUUUUUAAUGCUGA